CACUCUCUCUCACUCUCUCUCUUCCUCCUCUUUCUCUCCUAGCACACCUCUCUCUCUCUCUCGCAUUUUCUCCGUCCCGAUCGGACCCUGCCCAACUCCCCCAACCACGAUUUCAGGAACAUGUUUGGAGGAGAUGGUAACAAUCCCAUGUUUCCCACUUUCCCUGAGGAAAGUCGGUUUCAAUAUGUCACCGGUGGAUUGCCACAACUGCAGUUAUUUGGGGAUUUCCCAGUUGGAUGCAGUCUUGGCCCUUUGAACUACAGGGGAAAUGACCAUACAACUGCUAUGGAGCAGCCAAUUAAAAGAGCCAUGGAAGCAGAAUCUGUUUCGAGACAACCAAUGCGUCUUUUAUCUAUAAACAAAAACUUCUCUCACGAUAAAGCUGGUCAGUCUGGAAGCAUUCUGAAUCCUAACCCUGUAUCAACUGGGCUGAAACUUUCGUAUGAAGAGGAUGAACACAACUCUUCUGUUACUUCUGCAAGUGAAAGCAUGACAGCUGUUCUCCCUGUUAUUUUGUCCCUGGGUGAUAAUCUGAAGCUUGAAAUUGAUAGGCAGAAAGAAGACCUUGAUCAUUAUAUUAGGCUUCAGGAAGAAAACUUCCUCAAGGAUGUCAGGGAACUGAAGCAAAGACACACAGUUUCCUUUCUGAGUGCCAUAGAAAAUGGAGUUGACCGAAAAUUACUUGAAAAGGAGCUUGAAAUAGAGAAUAUGAACCGCAAGAACAAGGAACUAAUGGAGAGGAUAAAGCAGGUUGCCAUAGAAGUUCAGUCCUGGCACUAUAAAGCAAAGUACAAUGAGUCUGUUGUAAGCAUCUUAAAAAGUAAUUUGCAGCAAGUCAUGGCACAAGGUGCACUCCAUGGGAAGGAAGGAUAUGGAGACAGUGAGGUAGAUGAUGCAGCCUCUUAUACUAACCUGGAUCACCCGGGCAUUGUAAAUGGUUUUGGAAAUCCAGUCUUCAUGAAGAAACAGAUGAAUUGCAGGGCUUGUAAAGUCAGGGAAGUCUGUGUAUUGUUGUUACCAUGUAGGCAUCUGUGUCUCUGUAAGGAUUGUGCAGGGUUUAUUGAUGUUUGUCCUAUCUGCCGGGUCAUGAAGACUGCAAGUGUUCAAGUAUACAUGUCUUAGCAGUGUAAUGGUAUGCAGGCAUAUAUCUGCACACUUGUUGAAUUCAUCAUUACCCUGAGUGCAACAAAUUUAAUUUAUUAAUUUCA